AGGCGCAAGGCUAUCCGGCGGUAAGUGGCGCAUUGAUCCGCCGUACAAUUUUAAUGGUGGUAAAUACAGUCACGUGACGUGGGGGCAGCCAAUCGGAAGCAGCGGAGCUCGGAGAAAUAAUUACCUGCCUUGAUUGUCCUAUGGCCAGAUAAAAAAGUACACAUACACCCCAUAUAAUAAUCGGAUGCAUGUAAACGAGUCUGGGAAGCUUCGACAUGUCGACCACGGGGCCCAUAAGUAAUUAUUAUGUGGACUCCCUGAUCAGCCAUGACACCGACGAGGUCCUCGCAGCGGCGGCGGCGGCAGCGGCGGCGACUCGCUUCUCCGCUCCCGCCUCGCACCCUUCUGGUCCGCGUCCCGCGUCUCUGGUGCCGGACUGCGGGGACUACCCGUCAUGCAGCUUCGCCGCCAAGCCACCGGUUUUCCCCACAUCCUGGGCCCCGUCACAGUCUUCGGUUGUCUAUCAUCCGUACAGCCAUCAAGCUCACUUGGGUGCGGACUCGCGUUACGUGCGCUCGUGGCUGGAGCCCAUCUCGGGCGCGGUGCCUUUUCACGGCUACCCGGGCAACGGCAGGCACUACGGCUUGAAGCCCGACGCCUUCCCGGAGCACAGAGCUAGCGACUGCCUUGGGAGCGCUGGCCGGACCUACACGGAUUAUCUGUACUGCUCGUCGUCGGAUGUACGGGACAAGACGCUGCAGAGCCUCCCGUCGCCCGAACCUGAGCUGCUGGCUGCGGGGAAACAUAAAGAAGAGAAGCCCGAGCUCGACCCGAAUAAUCCGGUGGCAAAUUGGAUCCACGCCCGCUCCACCAGGAAGAAACGCUGCCCUUACACCAAGUACCAGACUCUCGAACUAGAGAAGGAGUUCUUGUUCAAUAUGUACCUCACCAGGGACCGUCGCUAUGAGGUGGCCCGGGUACUCAACCUGACUGAGAGGCAGGUUAAAAUCUGGUUCCAGAACCGGCGGAUGAAGAUGAAGAAAAUGAACAAAGAGAAGAGCGACAGCAAGGAACAAUAAUGUCGCACGCGACAACCCAACUGUCUUGAGCAGAACCACGAUAUAUGGACAAAACCCAUUCAGCCCUUCUCUUUAUAUUUAUCAUUUUCUCAUUUUUAACCCCAUUUUUAAGACUGUUUGAUGCUUGUUAUUUUUCUACGCAAAUGUGUAAUGAUAAAAAGAAAGCUAUAAUUCAACAUUUACACUUAAGAACUUUUUUGUAAGGGAAAUUCUAAAAGUACAAUUUGGACGUGUAAUAGCACUCUGAAGUGAGAGAAUACUUGAAAUUAUGUGUUUGGCACAUCCAUAAUUUAAGUUGCAGGUGAAGUAUUUUGUAUACAAAACAUCUGCGGUUGUCUGUCUUGUUUGUAUUUUUUUUGUGAUAGUUAUUGUGUAUCUCUUUUGGACUAU